GCUAGCAGGCGCGUGAGAAACCUUUCUCUAAUCGAAGGAUACCUGCCACCAAGAACCACUGACGAAACAAUGACUUUGCAGAUAGUACAGACUUUUCGUUUAUAGUAAAUUCCACGGUAUAAACAGAUAAGGACAAAUAAACUAUUUUCUUUUUGAAAUGCACUGUCCAGCGAUGGUCCUGAGAUAGUGUGAACGGUCUCUACUGCACAGGGAGUUGCCAUUGUAUGAGAUGCGUGAGGAUGCUUGCAAGCGGCAGUAGGUAACCGGUAGGAUGGUGGCAGGAGAAGCAAGUGGGCACAGCUACCUGGUGGCGUGCUGGCAGCCCAUCCUCAUUUUAAUGCUGGGCACUGUGUUGUCUGGCUCGACCACAGGGUGCCCGUCUCGCUGUGAGUGCAAUGCCCAGGAACGCUCCGUCAUGUGCCACCGCAAAAAGCUGAUGUCUGUCCCUGAGGGCAUUCCGUCUGAGACCCGAAUGCUGGACCUCAGCAAGAACCGCAUCAAGACCAUCAACCCAGAGGAGUUCUCUGCCUUCCCCAACUUGGAAGAGCUGGAGCUGAACGAAAACACCAUCUCCACCAUUGAGCCUGGAGCCUUUAACAACCUGUAUGGCUUACGGACUCUUGGACUGCGCAGCAACAAGCUGAAGCUCAUCCAGCUGGGUGUGUUCACGGGUCUCAGUAACCUCACCCGGCUGGACAUCAGUGAGAAUAAGAUUGUCAUCCUGCUGGACUACAUGUUCCAGGAUCUGUAUAACCUGCACUCUCUGGAAGUCGGUGAUAAUGACCUGGUGUUCAUAUCCCACCGAGCUUUCCACGGCCUCAACAGCCUGGAACACCUGACCCUAGAGAAGUGCAACCUGACCUCCGUUCCUACGGAGGCUUUCACCCACUUGCACAGCCUCAACACUUUGCGUCUUCGCAACCUAAACAUCAACAGUAUCAGAGAUUAUUCCUUUAAACGCCUGUACCGUCUCAAAGUUCUGGAGAUCGCCAAUUGGCCCUAUCUCGACACCAUGACAACCCACUGCUUAUAUGGGCUGAAUCUUACCUCCCUGACGAUCACCAGCGCAAACCUGACUUCAAUCCCUUAUGUGGCCCUUCGACAUCUGGUUUACUUACGAUUUCUGAAUAUGUCCUACAACCCGAUCUCCAUCAUUGAGGGAAACAAGCUCCAUGACCUGCUCAGACUGCAAGAAUUCCACCUGGUGGGUGGUAGGCUGUCUAUGAUCGAACCAUAUGCUUUCAGAGGUCUUAAUUACCUGAAGAUCUUGAAUGUGUCCGGUAAUGCUCUGACCACUCUGGAGGAAUCCGCAUUCCAUUCAGUUGGAAAUCUGGAGACCCUUGUGCUGUAUGAUAACCCUCUGGCAUGUGACUGCAGGCUUCUCUGGGUGUUCCGCAGACGCUGGAGACUCAACUUCAACCGCCAGCAGCCCACAUGUGCUUCGCCCGAAUUCGUCCAGGGCAAAGAGUUCAAGGACUUCCCUGACAUCUUACAGCCGAAUUAUUUCACAUGUCGUAAGUCAAGGAUCCGGGACCGCAAAGCACAGCAUAAGUAUGUGGAUGAAGGAACUACGGUUAACUUUGUGUGCCAGGCAGAUGGAGAUCCAGCUCCAGUCAUUAUGUGGCUUUCCCCACAGAAACACUUCAUUACCAUGAAAACUAUAGGAAGGCUUACUGUGUUCCCUGAUGGAACUCUAGAGGUGCGGUACGCUCAGAUCCAUGACAACGGGACCUACGUGUGCAUCGCAAGCAAUGCAGGUGGAAACGACACCACUUUGGCUCAUCUCCACGUUCACAGCUACUCCCCUGACUGGCCUAACCAGCCCAACAAAACGUUCGCUUUCAUCUCCAACCAGCCCAGUGAAAGUGGAGCCAAUGAGACGAGAGCCACCGUCCCUUUUCCCUUUGACAUCAAGACCCUUAUAAUUGCCACCACCAUGGGAUUCAUCUCCUUCCUUGGUGUGGUACUGUUCUGUCUGGUAUUGCUGUUUCUGUGGAGCAGGGGUAAAGGUAACACCAAACACAACAUUGAGAUUGAGUAUGUGCCACGGAAAUCAGAUGCAGGGCUAAGCAGUGGUACUGGCGAAGCUCCUCGCAAGUUUAACAUGAAAAUGAUUUAACCGAGCCAGGGACACUGAAAAACAGUGACAAAAAUAUGGACCCCUCUGUGACUGACUUUUGGAUCCUGGGACUUUCUCACAGAGGAAGUGCGUGUUUUAUUCCUCCCUGUCCUAAAAAUGGAUAUGUGGCACAUACAUUCUUUGUUUUUGUUUGAUGUUGAAAGUAAGAGGGGAGAAGUGGCAUUUUUUUCUUGGCCUUCAGGGACCAUUUCUUUGAAAGAGAAUUUUGUUGUAAGACAUUGACGUUACAGUGGAUUUUUAUGGGCAAAAGGAAAUAUAUAAAUGACUCAACCCUUCUCAAUGUUUGUGUCAAUCUCCAAAAUACAAAAGAAAGACCAUCAUCCUCCUUUGAUGUCCUUUUGCCUGCAUUAUAUGUUUUUGUAUAAUUUCUUUUUAAUAUCUAAACUUAAAUAGUUUUAUCAAACAGCAACAGGAGACAUUUCAGGGUUGAUAAGCACAUUAACUAGUGCAAUGUUAUAUCAAAAAUACUGUGUUUUUGCCAUACAUUUGACUUAUCCAUGGCCCCACAUACUCCUUGAAUAUUCUUGAUAACCAAGUAAAACACAGUAAUGCCACAUUAAAUUAAGUGAUAGUACCAUAUAAACAGCACUUUUCAAGACAGAGCCAUUGUGUUGUACUAGGCUUUUGUUGAAAUUGUAGUUACAGUCUCUUUUCUCAUUUUCAUUCUGAAAUUCAGUGCAGAUAAAACCACAAAAAACAAGUGAAAAAACGCAGCCUUUAAUGCUCAUGGUUUGUGUAAACACAGCAAAUGGCUCAAAACACAGUGUAGUGCUUUUUACUUUUUAUUUCAGUGAGUGGUUUCACUGAAGUUCUGGCUAUGGAUACAUCAAACUAAAGCAUUUUCCAGCAUUAUCAUUGUUUGUCUCAUUGCAUUUCUGGAACUGGUCUAAAAAGUAAACCUUUCAUGCUGAUUCUAAAUCAUAAGUUGCUGCAUAUUAUGAUCAGGAAAGAGCUAUUCAAAAGAGCCACAUUGUUCUGUAGUGCUUAUUAUAUUACAGUUCACUAUAACAGCAACUUUGAGAUUUAGAAUCUUAAUAUAUUAACCAGCAAAUAUGUUGGAUGUUUAUGGCUGAUCUUAAUUCCUAAGGGUGUAGAGUCUAUCAAUGCUAUGUUUGAUUUAGAGGUGACAUCAUCUCAGUGUGAUCAGAAUGUGGAAUUGUGAAAAACAGAAUAACUGCAGCUGCAUUGUGUGAUUUGUUAAUGCCAUUAUAUGUUUAUGUAACAAUCAACCAUAGGAUUAAAUGUUUUACAAGUUCUUUAAAAGGUUAAAAUAUGCCUUUGUACACAUUGACUUGUCCUUGUAGCAAUUGUGUUAGUUAAUGCAUAUGUAAAGACAAAUAGGGGGGGGGAAAUGUUAACGUGCUUGACAACCCUGACAUGUUCAAACGCUGCCUUUAAUAAUUCUCAAAAUGGUGAAAAAAUGUUUUUAUUUGAAUAAUGUUCAAAUCUCCCUCUAUCGCUAUCCAAAUAAACAUUCCCAACAAUUUUAAACAAUUUCAUUUCAUCUGACUCGUAAAAAAAGUUCUUUACUAUGUUAAUGUUAAGUCACACAACUGGUUGAAGAGUGUGGUUAAUGAUUGUGGUUGAAGAGUGUGGUUAAAUGACUGUGUGCUUGUGAUUUUACAGGAUGGUAUAUUUGUGUGACAUCUUUACCUUACUGAAGUCCUUUGUUUAUGGGUGCGGGGACAUUGUGGAAUUCGGGUGGAUAAAGAGAGGCCAUUGUAUUAAGGCUAAUGCUGAGUCAAGUGUUAGUGUAUGCACUGAUUGUUCUAUAGUGCUGACAGGGUGUAGGACAUGGGGAAGCCCAGAUGGUUUGCUGACUACCAAACUGCUUUUAGUGUAGCUCCACCCUCAGCCACAGAAGCAAGGCUCUCCUCCUAAUGUUUCCUCCUACACAUUAGUUUUUUAUGUGAAAGCUCCAAACCUGCAAAUAUGCUUCUCCCACAGCCUCUCUCAGUUCCAAGGGGGGGAAAAAAUCAAUUUUCUUAUUUCCAUUCAUGCCAGGACUAUGUCAAAUAACGUACUCCAUGACCUUCUGUUUUACUGGGGGAAAAAAGUUCAAGCACACUGAAAAAUAUGUUUAAUUUGUUCUGUGCAAUAAAAGUAAUAUGCAGAUUCCUUUUUAUAUUAACACAAUUUUCU